AGGGUCGGACCCGGUGUUGGCAAGCAAUAAUUCCUCCUCCCGGUGUCGCCCAAAACCAUCGAGUUCUUAACGAACCUUCGCGAUCGCCCCAGCUGGAAAGGCAACGACGGGAUCACAGCUUACAGAGACCACCGAAACUUUCAAUUUUCUCUUCCUUCCGCUCCACCCCUACCAGGAUCCAUCGAGGAAGGAUUUAUCGCGAAUCGGCGACAGUUUGGGAUUUACAGGAGCUCAGGAUUUAGAUAGACAUUUUUUUUUGCCGUUUGGCAAGAUUUAGCCUAAAUCCUGCGUAAAUCGUUUGCUUAAAACCGGCUGCUAAAACAGCCCCUAGGUCUAUUUUCACCUUCUGGUUCGCCGCAAAAGGUGAACUGCGAAGCAGUAGAAGCUGAGUGGCUGCGGCAGGCGGAAAAGAUCGGGAACUCCAUUUGGAAGGAGGAGAAUCUCCAUCUGUCCCGUCGCUCAUAACCCUCCUCGGCGAAACUCCUAGCAAUUACUCGCCACUCUCUUUCUCUUUCAGUUGCGCAACUCUAUUCCCUACAUCCAAGAGAAUGGCGAAUGGAUUACUCUGGGCAACUGCGGAAGACCUGGCGAGGAACAGAGGAAAGGUGUUAUCCUUAUAUCGUCAAAUUCUUAGAUCUCUCAAUUCCCCUCAUCUCCCACUCACUUACUCCUCUCGCCUCUCGAAGAAAGCUGAGGUCCGCACCAUCUUUAUAUUUGGAUGCGAGGAGCGAUCCCUUCACAACAUUGCUGACCUUAUUGAUACCGCCGAGUACUCCCUCUCGAUUCUUAGGAAGGGCCGUCUUCCAUAAAGACAAAUCUGUUGAAUAAGGCAUUUCCUCUAUGCUCUUCCCUCUGUAUUUCUUGAGAAUAAUGAGAUAAGUAUUUCUUUUUUUUUCUUAAAUCUGACAUGAUAUUAUUUACUUAGUAUGCUUUAUUUGUUCGCUAUUUCUUAGUAUGCUUUA